GUCAUUUGAACGAUGAUCAAGACCUGGAGACAGAAGUGCCGCAAGAUAAUGGAACCCCACAAGCGAAGGAGCAAAUCACCUGUGCGUCUAAUCUGCAACACUCGGGCGUCAAUUCCUCCGGUCUUCGCCUGCCUAGCCUGUCUCCUUCCAGAGCAGACGUGAUGCAGUGUCCGGAGAUACCUGUCAAUGAUGCGAAUGAGCCUUUCUUCACCGUAACAGAGCCAUCCGUUGAAUCAUCUGCUAUCCUUCCUACACUCCCUAUAUCUCAGCCUGCUCAGAACUUUGGCGACUUCUCACUGUUCAUCGACAGUAUGAGCAUGCCAUAUACGGAUAAUUUGUCUACCCUGUUACUCGACCAUCAAAUCCUACCUCUAUCACCUUCGCCUCUUUUUACAUCACUUGAAAACCAAGGUUCACACAAUGAAUGCAGAGAAUUGGGCACUAGUGCCCAGCCUAUUGUACCAAUGGCUGAUCCCUCAGCACCGCAUCUAUACGAUGAAUUCUCCUCAACAUUUCCUUCUUUUGAAACAUCCUCCUCCAUAUCGAAAAGGGAGUCUUGGGAUAUUACCCAAGAGGGCUGGAACAGCAUUUAUGCUGAGAUACAAAAUUAUAUCUCCCUUCUUCCUCUUGGGUUUUCACUCCCCUCCCGCCACACUAUGACCAGAUAUAUCGCGACAUACUUCUCUGGUUUCCACCGCCAUUUACCAUUCCUACAUAUUCCAACCUUUUCACCUGUCAAAGUCCAAUUCGACCUGAUAUUAGCAAUGGCUGCCAUUGGAGCGCAAUCUAGCUUCGAUAAUGAUACUGCAGUCAUGCUGUUUAAAACAUCACACGCUGUUGUUUUGGAGCGGCUUCGUCACCGCAAGGCCGAGCUUUGUGUAAAGACAUUUGCUGAAGAUGGCUCGUUAGCUGUGCCGCAAUAUAUAGCGGAGCAUGAAACAAAUCAUCCCAUCUCCAACCUGCGGCCACUACCAGGUAAAUUUAAGUCUUUACCUGCUGCGCAAACCUUGUUGUUGCUCAUGGCAAUGGCAACAUGGGGGAACUCCAAAGCCAUCUACAAUGAAUCCGUGGGUCUACAGAAUGCUUUAACAAGCCUUGUCCGCGACGAAGGGUUCUUAGAAAUGCAGACUCAGACUACUCAAGAGAUGAACUGGUCUCAAUGGAUUCAUGUGGAAGGAUUCAAAAGAACACUCGCCAUCAUCUUCUGCUUUUUCAUCUUCCACACAAUUGUAUACGACACACCGCCACCUAUUCUCAACUCGGAGCUUGAUAUUUAUCUACCUUCGCAUGAAGCAAAUUGGGCCGCUCGAAGCGAGAAGAAAUGGGAUGAACUUCGGAGGGAAUCUGGACCUGAGUCAAAUUUCCAACGUUCAUUCUCCCUGCUCUUCUCAAAGAACAGCGACGAAGGUAAUGGCGACACAGAAGGAUACUCCUCGUUAGGAGGAUACACUCUCAUCCUCGCCAUAAUUCAACACAUUUACCUACUACGAGCAAUGACCAAAUCCGAACCUGGCUCCGAUCGAAGCCUGCCAUCAACAGACGUGGCAGAUGUGGAGCAAGCACUCAGAAACUGGCAGAAGGGAUGGUAUCUAGACCCAGAAUCAUCAUUCGGCCCGGGAAGCCCUCAAGGCCCGAUCUCUUUCAACUCGACUGCCUUGCUUCGAAUGGCGUAUAUCCGACUCAACGUGGACGUAGGUCCCUGGCGUUCCCUGAAUACCCAUGAUCCGCUGAAAAUCGCCCGGUCGAUCCACCAAAGUCCGCCAUUACGGCCUUCACAUAAGCUUACGCGCGCUGUCCUUUAUUCAGCGCAUGCACUCAGCAUCCCAGUCAAGAUCGGUGUAAAUAUUGUGGCCCGCAAUCAAGCUUUUACGUGGUCUCUGCAGCAUUCACUCUGUGCUCUUGAGUGCGCCUUUGUACUGAGCAAAUGGUUAGCUGCGGUGCAAGAUCGCACUCCUGGGACUCCCCUCGAUGAGGAUGAAACUAGGUUGCUGGCAUAUAUAAGCGACAUGAUGCAGGAAGCGGACCCCGGAUUCCGUCCGAUGGAUAAUGCUGGAAGAAUGCCACAUGGCCCAGAUCUAUCCGCCCGGGUCAUCAAGACCUGGGCAAAGCUUCUGAGCGGAGAUGCUGUCUGGGACGUGGUACGCAUGAUUGGCAAGGCCUUGGAGGCGUAUGGCCGAAUCUUGGAAAAUGGAUCUGCACUCUGAAAGAAAAGCUGAAUCCCUAUGUUGCUAGUAAACAUAACGUUGCAUGUCUCGUCCCUCGGCUCUGGAGAUCCUAAAUGUGACCCAAUCUGUGGUCGCGCGACACAGAUAGGUUCAG